AUAUUUUUUUCAGCAAUACAACUCUGCUUAAAACAAAAUGGCGUAUUUUUUACUGCAAUAUAUCAAGACGACGUGAACAUCUUUUGUGUGGUUGAAAACUGCAUUUAAAAACAAGUGACUCACUUUAAGAAACAAAAUAAACAUUUGCCAAAACCGUUAUCAAGUGUAUUGCAUGUUUAAUGAGCGCUACAAGGCAACUCUGUGUGCUACCACGAAAAUAUAAUGAGCCAGGCACUCAAUGAAUCGUCGCAUAGUAUAGGCUCAGACGAACAAGAUGACACACGUGAAGAGGCCAGUGGCAGUGGCAGCGGUAGUGGCAGUGGAUCCUCCGGCUCCGAUUCCGAUUCGGACAGUUCCUCAGGUAACUCAAGUGAUGGACGCAGCUCCCCGGAGCCAACAGUUGCCAAACCGUCGGCAGCGGCGGUGGCCGGUUUUCCACCAACAGCAGCUGCCGCUCAAGCGGAUAGUAAAACAAAUGGCUUUACCGAUGGGAAUGAGGAGGAUAGCUCCAGUGGUGAUUCCAGUGCCAGUGAUUCCGACUCUGAGGCGGAGGCGGAGGCUGAAGGAGGAGAGCCAGACAGAACAAAUAACAAUAACAACAACAGCAACAGUAAACUGCACACAAGUAUCAGCAGCAGCUCCUCCGGCGCCUCUGCUGCGACGCUCCCAAAAGCGGCCGGAGAAGAUGACGACGAUGAUGAUGAUGAUGACGACGAUGAACAGUUGCCGCAACAGUCACAGGCUGCAAGUGAAGUCAGCGCCGAUGAUGAUGAUGAUGAUGCCAGUGAUAGCUCUGCCAAUGCAUCGCCCUCAUCUUCCAGCAGCAGUAGCAGCAGCGAGGAUGAAGAGGAUGAUUACAGACCUAAGCGAUCCACGCGACAACCGCGCAAAGCAUCUUCAGCUGCUGCUGACAAAUCAAAGCGACCUCAACCUGCCAAAAAGAAGAAGAAACAAACCUGGGACUCUGAUGAGAGCGAUGAGAGCGACGAAGCUGACAGCGAUGAGGCACCCUUUGCAGCACAAAAGCGUAAGUGUAACUCCCGCCCCGGCAGCAGCAAACAGUCACAGCAACAACAACAACAGCAGCAGCAGCGACGUCGCGUGAAGUCCUUUAGUUCGGAGGAUAGCGAUGAUGAUGAUCCAAGCAAACGUAGUUGUGCCACGCGUCGCAACGCCGCCGCUGUUAGUUACAAAGAGGCUUCCGAGGAUGAAGCCACCGGCUCGGAGGAUCUGCUGGAAUUUGAGUAUGAUGAGACACAGGUGGCGGCAAAUGCAGCUGCUGCCGAGGAGGAUGAGAAAUGCGAGACGAUUGAACGCAUCCUUGCACAGCGGGACGGCAAAAAAGGCUGCACUGGGAAUCAGACAACGAUUUAUGCCAUUGAGGAGAAUGGUUGCGAUCCGAAUGCCGGUUUUGAUGACUCCUCAUCCGAGUUAUCAGAGGUGCAAUACCUAAUCAAAUGGAAGGGUUGGAGCUACAUACACAAUACCUGGGAGUCGGAGACGACACUGCGCGAAAUGAAGGCUAAGGGCAUGAAAAAGCUCGAUAAUUUCAUCAAAAAGGAACAGGAACUGGCAUGCUGGCGACGCUAUGCCGGUCCCGAGGAUAUUGACUACUUUGAGUGUCAGCUCGAGUUGCAACACGAUUUGCUCAAAUCCUACAACAAUGUGGAUCGCAUCAUUGCACGCGGCACAAAGCCCGACGAUGGCAGCGAGGAGUAUCUAUGCAAAUGGCAGUCAUUACCAUAUGCCGAGUCCACUUGGGAGGAUGCAACUUUAGUGCUACGCAAAUGGCAACGCUGUGUCGAACAGUUCACAGAUCGCGAGAGCUCCAAGUGUACGCCAUCUCGACACUGUCGUGUGAUCAAGUAUCGUCCCAAGUUCUCGCGCAUCAAGACGCAACCAGAGUUCCUGGUGGAGGGCCUGACGUUGCGUGACUACCAAAUGGAUGGUCUCAACUGGCUGUUACACUCGUGGUGCAAAGAGAAUUCUGUCAUAUUGGCCGAUGAAAUGGGCCUGGGCAAGACCAUACAAACCAUUUGCUUUCUCUAUUCGCUUUUCAAGCUACAUCAUUUAUAUGGACCAUUUCUAUGCGUGGUGCCGCUGAGCACAAUGACCGCCUGGCAGCGGGAAUUUGAUUUGUGGGCACCCGAUAUGAAUGUGGUCACAUAUUUGGGCGAUGUCAAGUCACGCGAGCUAAUCCAGCAAUUUGAGUGGCAGUUUGAGGGCUCCAAAAGACUGAAAUUCAAUUGCAUACUAACCACCUAUGAGAUUGUUCUCAAGGAUAAACAAUUUCUGGGCACACUACAGUGGGCAGCAUUGCUGGUGGAUGAAGCGCAUCGUCUAAAGAAUGAUGAUUCACUGCUCUACAAGUCACUCAAGGAGUUUGACACAAAUCAUCGUUUGCUUAUUACGGGCACUCCGCUGCAGAACUCUCUAAAGGAACUGUGGGCGUUGUUGCACUUUAUUAUGCCCGACAAAUUUGAUACGUGGGAGAACUUUGAGCUGCAACAUGGCAAUGCCGAGGACAAGGGCUACACGCGUCUACAUCAGCAACUGGAGCCAUAUAUUCUGCGGCGUGUCAAGAAGGAUGUGGAGAAAUCGCUGCCCGCCAAAGUUGAGCAAAUAUUACGUGUGGAGAUGACAUCGCUGCAGAAACAGUAUUACAAAUGGAUACUGACCAAAAAUUUCGAUGCACUUCGCAAGGGUAAACGCGGCUCCACCUCCACCUUUCUGAACAUUGUCAUUGAGCUGAAAAAGUGCUGCAAUCAUGCAGCUCUCAUAAGGCCCUCAGAGUUUGAGCUGUUUGGACUGCAGCAGGAUGAGGCACUGCAGAUGCUGCUCAAGGGCUCGGGAAAGCUGGUGCUGUUGGAUAAGCUGCUGUGCCGUCUCAAAGAGACUGGACAUCGUGUGCUCAUCUUUUCACAGAUGGUACGCAUGCUGGAUGUACUCGCCGAUUAUCUGCAGAAACGGCACUUUUCCUUUCAGCGCUUGGAUGGCAGCAUCAAGGGCGAGAUGCGACGUCAGGCGCUGGAUCACUUCAAUGCGGAGGGUAGUCAAGAUUUUUGUUUUCUGCUUUCGACACGCGCCGGUGGCUUGGGUAUUAAUCUUGCCACUGCCGAUACGGUCAUAAUAUUCGAUUCGGAUUGGAAUCCACAGAAUGAUUUGCAGGCGCAGGCGCGUGCCCAUCGCAUUGGACAAAAGAAUCAGGUUAACAUUUAUCGUCUGGUCACCGCACGCUCUGUGGAGGAGCAAAUUGUUGAGCGGGCCAAGCAGAAAAUGGUGCUCGAUCAUUUGGUGAUACAACGCAUGGAUACCACAGGACGCACAGUGCUAGAUAAGAGCGGAAAUGGUCAUUCUUCCAAUUCGAAUCCCUUCAACAAGGACGACUUAUCGGCCAUACUUAAAUUUGGUGCCGAGGAGCUGUUCAAGGACGAGCAGGAGCACGAGGAAGAGCUCGUUUGCGACAUUGAUGAAAUUCUGCGUCGUGCCGAGACACGUAACGAGGAUCCUGAGAUGCCCGGCGAUGAUUUACUCUCUGCCUUCAAGGUGGCCAGCAUUGCCGCUUUCCAGGAGGAUGAGCCCAGCGAGGCGGCGAGUAAAGAUCAACAGGGCAACGACGAGGAAGAUGACAGCAAAGACUGGGACGACAUUAUACCCGAAGGCUUUCGCAAGGUCAUUGAGGAUCAGGAGCGUGCCAAAGAAAUGGAGGACAUGUACCUGCCGCCGCGUCGUAAAACCGCCGCGACAAACAAAAGUGAUGCCUCCAAACGGGGCAUGGCCAAGGGAGGCGCCCGCUCCAAACAAGGUGACGACUCUGCUGAUUCAGACUAUGAGCUGGGCUCGGAUGCUAGUGGCGCUGGUGGCGAGGAUGGUGGCAGGCAGCGUAAACGCGGUCGUCCCGCCAUGAAGGAGAAAAUCAUUGGAUUCACCGAUGCCGAGCUGCGUCGCUUCAUACGCAGCUACAAGAAGUUUCCAGCGCCAUUGUUGCGUCUGGAGGCGAUUGCCUGUGAUGCGGAGUUGCAGGAGAAGCCGCUGACGGAGCUGAAGCGCAUUGGCGAGAUGCUACACGAUCGAUGCGUGCAGUUCCUCAACGAGCACAAGGAGGAAGAAACCAAGACUGUCAAGGAGGAGGAUCUGCAGCAACAGGGCAACAAGCAGCGACGUCCACGAGCCACCUACUCCGUCAAGCUAGGCGGCGUCUCGUUCAAUGCCAAAACCCUGCUCGCCUGCGAGGAGGAGCUACAGCCACUUAACGAGCUCAUGCCCAGUUCGUCGCAGGAGCGACAAAACUGGGUGUUCAAUAUUAAGACCCGUUCACCCAACUUUGAUGUGGACUGGGGCACCGAGGAGGAUACACACUUAUUGCGUGGCAUUUAUCAGUAUGGCAUUGGUUCCUGGGAGCAAAUGAAACUGGACCCCACGCUCAAGCUCAGCGAGAAGAUACUGCUCAAUGACACACGCAAGCCGCAGGCCAAGCACUUGCAAUCUCGAGCCGAAUAUCUGCUCAAGAUCAUCAAGAAGAAUAUCGAGCUGACCAAGGGAGACCAACGACGUCAGCGACGUCCGCGCAAGCUGAAAACCAGUGUCAACUCCAAUACAACAGCGGUCAGCACGCCGGAGCGUAAGGAUGGCGCAGUUGAGGAUGCUAAUUCCACAUUGCCAGGCGACAGCAGCUCCAGACAGGCAGUUGAUGGUGGCGGCGUGCUUACUUCGCCCGUUGCUUCAUCCGCGACUGCGGAACAGGCCAGUGGGCAGAAGAAAAAGAAAUCCAAGACGCGCAGCAAGAAAACAAGCGCCUCCGACAACAAUGGCAACAAGCCGAUGCACUUUACGGCCAACAAUGAACCACGAGCCUUGGAAGUGCUGGGAGAUCUCGAUCCAAGCAUCUUUAAUGAAUGCAAGGAGAAGAUGCGACCCGUUAAGAAGGCGCUAAAGGCUCUGGAUCAGCCUGAUCUCAGCUUGUCGCAACAGGAUCAGUUGCAGCACACACGUGACUGUCUUUUGCAAAUUGGACGACAGAUUGAUGUGUGCCUGCAGCCGUACGGCGAGUCGGAGAAGAAGGAAUGGCGCAGCAAUCUCUGGUACUUUGUGUCCAAGUUUACGGAGCUGGAUGCCAAGCGACUCUUCAAGAUCUACAAGCAUGCACUGAAGCAGCAGCAGACACAGUCGGCCACGCCAAAGGAUGCAACGAAUGCCACAACUCAUGAAGGCGGAAAAUCCAAGCGUGCACGUGCAGAAAACGGCGCCACUCUUGAUAAGGACAAGGAGCGUGACAAGAGUGGGAAAAAGAAGAAAAAGGACAAGGAUAAGGAACGCGAGUCACGUUACUCCGGUGCCGUUUCCGAAGAAAAGUCAGCUCGUCGCUUUCCCAACGAUUCGCCAAUAAAAAGGAAGCGCGAUGAGAAUGAUGCGGAAGCCAGCAGCCUGGGCAUAAGCAACACUGGCAUUAGUGACAAUCUCAAGUCCAUGUCCUUUAAGCGCCUGAAUAUGGACGCGGCUGCAUCGUCGCGUCACGGCAGUCACGAGGAUCAGCGCAAGAAGCAUCAUCGAGGUGAUGAAUAUUAUGCCAGUGCCGGCGGUGGUCCUCCUGGCGGCUACGAAGGCAACAGCACCCGUCGCUCUGGACUCAAUUCACCAUCGGGUAUCGGCAGCAGUCGGCGCUUUGAGCAGCCGCCCGCCUCCUCUGGCUAUCCAUCAGAAAUGGAUCGCUGGCAUGCUCGUGAUCGUUACAACUUUGAUUACAAACGUGAUCGCUAUGAUACGUUAUACCAGCGCAGCGGAGGAGGCGGCGGUGCUGCCGGCGGUGGUUAUCAUCGUGAUCAUCGCGAACGGGAUCGGGAGCGACGGCCGGACAAGCGAAGCAGAUACCCGUCCGGCUUGCCGCCGCACGCCUAUUCAAGCCACUACCUGCCACCCAAUUACUAUUUGCCGAAUAACAUGGUGCCGGGAUUGCCGCCACCGCCUCCAGGAUACCGGGGCGAACCGCGUGGCUAUCCGGUGAUGUCGCGGGACUAUCCCGCUGAUUACAGACGCAGUGAAUAUGAGCGUCGCACGCAGACGUGAGGAGCAAGUGUUGCCAGUAAUUGUAUAUACAUACAUCGUACAUGUAGACUAGUUUUAAGCUUGGCUGUGGUGUCUGUGUCGGGCGCUGCUUAUCUUUUCGUAACGAUCUUGACACAACGCAUAAGCAACAUACAUACAAACACACACACAUAUAUAUACAAGAAUCGACACAUACGCAUAUAAAAACAGAUAUACGUUAAACAGUCUAGGUAUCAUACAUAGCUAAACAUAUGUACAAGUAAUAUAUAGCAGCUAUUUAUAAAUUGUACUGUAAAUUUAAAUUAAAUAUUUAAACGUAUAUUAUGUAAAUGGCGUUUGAGGCAGAAAACAAAAACAACUAAAAGAUACAAUACAAAAAUCACAUUAAUAAGCUAAUUUUACAAUUUCCCUUGUAUAAAGCAUAGGCUUUAAGUUUUGUUCAUUGCAACUUUUUUUAUACUGUACAGUAAACUACGGGCGAAUGCCAAUUUAACAAGUCUUUUGAAAGCUUUUAAAAUAACAAAUUCUCACUAUAUUAAUAAACGAAAACAAUGAAUGAAUCGAUUAUGUUUGAUUAUCAAACGAAGAAAAGAUAAAAAGUAAAUAACUUAACAAAAAUAAAUAUAUAUAAAAAGGAGUGUAAGAAUUCGUUUCUAUGUCUGUGCUUAAGCACUUUUAUAUACCAUAUAUAGAAAUACCGCCCCGGGAGCCGUGUAUGUAAUUUAGUUAAUAUUAUUCUGUAUGAAUAGGUAUAUAACAUAUGUUGUAGUAUCUGAAGUCUAUAAAUAUGUAUAUCAUUAAAUUAUAAAAUGCAUUACAUCAAA